AUGUCAAACUGGACGUCCACCAAUGCAGACAUUGGAAACUGGCUGCAUGGCAAUGCCCUGCAGCGUCACCACAGUGACGCAAGGGAGGCACCGACCGGAGUCCGAUGGCAUGGCAGCAAUCCCAGGAACGACUCGCUUCCAGCUGUACAUCAGUCGCAUUCCAAAUUGAACCAGGAAAAGACUCCACCAGCACCCUCACCACUGACCGGCGCCCAGCCGCCGAAUGGCGAGGUGCGCUUUGUCCACGGUCGGGCGCUGCCCAGCGCCUCGCUGCGCGCGACACCGAUGCCAGGGAGUAGCGGCGAUGCAGCGACAGCGUAUAUGCAGUUGCAGCUUCCCAGUCGCAUCUUCAACGUUGCCUCGCGCGGGCUGCCGAGCGGUGCCCAGCGGCAGUGGUGCUUCGAGCGGAUGCCUUCGUUGAUUCCUUCGCCCUUGGCUCGUUACUGGGCACCAGUGAUCAACAGGCCUGAUGAUGCACCACUGGAAUGGCUGCAAGGCCGCUCAUGUGCUGGCCUCCCUGCACGUGUGCCAUCAGAAACCCGACGUGCAUUGGAUCGUCCAGUUUUGCCAGGCAUUCGGCAGGUUCAGAGCGAGUCCAGUCUUCAUUUGCCGCAGUGGGACGAGGGUUCACUGGUGGAUAGGCGCUCUUCUUGGCACUUCUCACAGGAAUAG